CUUAUGUUUUUCCUCCUGCUUCUUGUAGCAGAAUUAUGGAUCCAAGCUUAUUGAGAGAGCGAGAGCUAUUCAAAAAGCGUGCCCUUUCCACACCAGCAGUAGAAAAACGGCCAGCGCCAUCUUCUGACUCUUCCUCUUCCAAAAAGAAGAAAGCAAAGGUAGAACAAGGUAGCUCCUCAAGCUCAAAACAAAACACAGAUCACAGCAAUGGAUCGUUUAACCUGAAAGCCCUUUCAGGAGGCUCUGGCUACAAGUUUGGAGUCCUUGCUAAAAUAGUGAAUUAUAUGAAGACCAGGCACCAGCGUGGCGACACACAUCCAUUAACCCUAGAAGAGAUUUUGGAUGAAACGCAGCAUUUAGAUAUUGGACUCAAACAGAAACAAUGGUUAAUGAGCGAGGCUCUAGUCAACAAUCCGAAAAUAGAAGUUGUAGAUGGGAAGUACGCUUUCAAACCCAAGUACAACUUGAAAGAUAAAAAGGCUCUGCUCAGGCUCUUGGACAAGCACGACCAGCGAGGGCUGGGAGGAAUCCUUUUAGAAGAUAUUGAGGAAGGGCUGCCCAACGCACAGAAAGCUAUAAAGGCUUUAGGGGACCAGAUCAUCUUUGUUAAUCGCCCUGAUAAGAAGAAAAUUCUUUUCUACAAUGACAAGAGCUGUCAGUUUACUGUGGAUGAAGAGUUUCAGAAGCUGUGGAGGAGCAUUCCCGUGGAUUCUAUGGAUGAAGAGAAAAUCGAAGAGUACCUGAAACGGCAGGGUAUUUCUUCCAUGCAAGAAACUGGACCAAAGAAAAUAGCUCCUAUUCAGAGGAGGAAGAAACCAGCUUCUCAGAAGAAACGUCGAUUUAAGACUCACAAUGACCACUUGGCUGGAGUAUUAAAAGAUUACUCUGAUGUCGUUCCCGGCAAACAGUGACCAGUUAAAUUCUGGAGCAAACGUGCGUUUUGAUAACGGGCUUUUUGCCACUUGAGCUCGGUGUCUGCUCGCAGAAAGACUGACUGUAUAUAGUAAUGUGAUGUGUUUCCCCCAUCCCAGCCACUGCCAAGAUGAAACAGGUCAGUGUAAGAUCAAGUAUGAACUGCUAAAUUUAGAGUUUAAUUUAAUUAGCUAAUGGGAAACGUGGUUUUAACUAAAAAGUUCUCACUAGCUGCCUCUUGGCAUAGAGUUAUAAAUGGUGCUCAGCAUGUAAUGCAGGAGUUCCCGUUCAGUGUUUAAACUCUGCUUUUACAUUGCUUAAUGGGUAUUUACCUGGAAUUACUUAC